AAGGGGGUGGGAUACAACGCGAAGCGGCUCCAGGGAAGACAACGGUGCGUGACGUCAUUUAUGGACGGCCCCUUAUGAAAACACGUGCUAAGGGGGAACAGACUGUACGCGUACAACAAUAUAGCAUGCACGGGCGGGCGCCGCGCGUGACGUCACUCCCCGCGGGGGGCACGGCCCCCACCCUCGGGCCCGGCAGCUAUGACAUCACAAAGGGGUGCCCUUCACGUGAUCCGGGAUUUGCUCCAUUCCUGUCUCUGACAUCACGUGACCCUUUGACCCCACGUGAUCUGCUCUCCCGACCUGGGCCUGGACACUACGACCUCCACUGUGCUCAGAAGUGGCAGGGUCGGGGAGACGGAGCCUUCGGGAGCCAUUCAGAGCGCUUUAUUCAUCAAGUCAGCGAUGGACCUGGGCCAGGACAAUAUGAGGUCACGACCCAAGAUCCUGAUCACGUGACCAAGCCGGUGGUGGGUGCAUCCCCCCAUCCUCCCCGCCCCCCUGCCCCUCCCUCCAUUCCCUGCCCCUUUCAGAGUCACGGCUACCGGGAGUCAAACACUGGCAGGGGACUCAAAGCGAUUGCGGCACCAGAGACCGAUAGCAGUCUGGGACCGGCCUUCUACUGCCCUCAAGUAGUGGAGGCCAUUCGUGGUUGUGCCCCAUUUGCCCGGUCUUGUUCGGCACGAUUCUCUUUCAAGGCAAGGGAAGGGCCUGGGCCUGGACAAUAUGAGCCCCACAGGGUGCAGGCGCCAAGGCCUCUGAACGUGAAUGUCAUAAAUCAGGUGGGCGAAGGGAGACGAGUUCUCUUUGUGAAUCAGCAGCAGCAGCAGCAGAGUCUGCAGAAAGUCAUGCAGCGGCAUUCCCCAGGACCUGGAAGCUAUGACAUAUGCGAGGAUUUCUAUCGGAGCAGAUCUAGUGGUGGGACGGCAUCUUUCCUCUCUCACACCAAGAGGUUCACAAGUCGCAUGAGCUCCACUCCCAGCCCUGCCUCCUACUCCGUCAUCACGGAAACCAGAGCUGUCACUGCAGCAACCAAGUCGACCCCGUUUAGCCAAUCAGGGGCGAGGUUCCAACAACCACAGCAACAAACACCAGGCCCCGGCUCGUACCAGUUAUCACCAUCGCCGGGGUCAAGCGUGGUUUCCAUGGCGACAGCCUUCGGCUCCUCGGCCCCUCGACCAAUGAGAGAGCAGUCACAGUCACAUGACCCUGGUCCAGCACACUAUCACGUGUCUUUACUUGACUCGGGAACUCACAAUGGCUCCUGCUCCGUUUUUCUGUCCAAAUCUCCACGACUUUUGACAUUGAAUCAGGACAUCCCUGGCCCCGGUUACUAUGAUGUGAGCGAGGUGGUGAGGAGAAAGAAAUGGGCACCCCAUCGUACUCGGACUUCAAUGCCUGUGCCCAGCUCACUGCUCUACAGGUCUCCAGUGCCCAGACAGCAGGGCACUCCAGGCCCUGGCCAUUAUGAACUGAGGCCUCAGGCUUGCCCUCGCCUGUCUCUGCUGGUGUCCCGUGAGGACCGCUUUAUUGCGCGAUCAACCCCGGGCCCAGGGCCUGGAGAAUACGAGUGUGCCCCCCUUCCUCGUUCUCAGUCCUUUAAUGUGACCCUGGGAGCAAAGAUUCCACUGAAAAUGAACACUCGAUCUCCAGGGCACGCGAUUGAGCCUUGAAAUCAGGCGUCUUGAAGGUCGUUAAGUCCCGAUGCAACAUAAACCACAACAGUAAUCAACAUGAGCUUUUGUUAUCCUACCAAUCAAACAAUUGGAAUAUAACUCUUUUGAGCAUGUGAUGAUCAUAAUAAUAAUUAAUCAUUGUUUAACCAAUCUAAUUUUACAUUAUAACGUAAUUUUACUGGAAAAAUAUGUAUAAUUGGCUGUGUGUGUAUCGUGUGUAGUGUGUAUGCAUGUGUGCAUAUCGUGGGGAGGGGUGGGACAGUAGUUAGCGCAUUGUGCUAUAAGCCCAGUAAUUUGAGUUUGAUUCCUGGCUAAGUCGAACUUCACUGGAAAGCUAAAUCUAAUCCGGUUCUGAGCCUCCCCUAAGUCGACUCAGCCUCAAAUGAGUACCUGGUGGCAGUGUAAACCUCACCACUAGGGAGACAAAGGUGGCCGGAUGUGGGGCCUGUCACCCACAGCCUCCAUGUGCCUUGCCGGUCUUCAUAAUUCCUCCGAACAGGGCUACACGGGGGAUCUUUGUGACUGUGUCUGUGCAGCACCACGAUGUGUGGCAGUCUUCUUCUUCUGCAUUGCAACGUCCCGCGGGCCACUCGCGGCCUCUGACGUUUGACCCCGACAAUACACCAAAGUUAAAACACCUCCCACCAUCAUCGUGCUGCUGUCAAACCCCCAAUGGUUUAAAAUGUGUGGCAGCCUCAAUGCUGAUGAUGUCUCAUCAGCGAAAGUGCCCCCCUCUGAAAAUUAGUGAAGAACACUGAUAUAUGGUGACGUCAUCUCCUCUGGUGUGCACAUGCAUUGGGUUACGGGUGCGGUCAUAGUUUUGUUUAUUUUUUUAUAAAAAAAAAGAAAGUAAAAAAAAAUUCUGCACGUGCGAGUUUUCUGUGUGUGUAUGUGGAACUUAUUUCGCUCUGUACGUAGCCAACCGUGCUAAUCGGAGGUGAGGGGGAAGGACAACAAACUAAAAACAAAAAGCAGCUCUAAAAAUAUUAGUUAUCACCUGAACACCACGUCAAAACCAAAAAACAUAAACUUGCACUCCCUAAGAAAGUUUUGCAAUUGGAUAAGUUCUGGGAAAUCUGAUACCACAUUUAACAUAUGUUGUUGGUGGUAUAGGUGUGUGAGCUUGUAAUCAGAAGAUAGAUAUAACAGAUCAGAAUCUUAAUUUAUCCCGGAGGAUUCCGAUGAGCUAAGAAGCUCUACAGAAGUCCCACCGUGCCGGCCACGAUAGGCACAGCGCACGCCCCGGCAAUAUUCGUGGUCUCUGCGGGGUUGGUUGGCGGGGGUCGUGACACCACGGGAGGUGCCACCCUGGGCAGGCUGAUCACGAGAGAGGUCCCGGGUGUCAGACGGUCUGCGUGUAGGUGCCAGGAGCAGCGCUGACCCAGCAGGCACGCAAACACGUUGGGGGCCUUGGGACGUUAAUCAAGUGACCGCGUUGGCGAGAUGUUGACUACCUUGCCUGGUAUGCACGAGGUCGUGGGUCCGAUCCCGACCCUGACGCCGUAUGUUUGGAGUUGGCAUGUCUCUUUCCCCAUGGUUUCAUGGAUUGUUCUCCGGGUCCUCCGUUUAUUCCUUCCACAUUUAUAAUCAACAUGCAGUUAGAGUAUUUGGCUACUGCUAUCCAUUUCCACACGAUAAACCACUUGGUUGAGCUAUCAUUUGGAAUGUCCAGGACGCUUCUGACGAAGAGCUGUUUCGCUCAGUGGGACCUUACCUGAUGAUGAUGAAAAAAAAUAGUUUUAGACUGGUCCCAACCACAGCCAGAGCGGCUUUGGUGAUGCACUCGGCGGGGCUUGCUAGCAGUGAAAUCCCGGGCCAGAAUUGAAGGCCUUGGCCAGGUCAAUGAUGUAGAGAUGUUAGGGAGUUGUGGACCCCUUGUGUCAAGGUUGUAACAGUCCAGAGUUGCGUGCCUGGCACUGUAGUAAGUUCCUUCAUGUCGUGGAUUGCAUCCAGGGAGUGCAGGACUUGUAUGGAGUGUGCGAGAUUGUUGGUCCAACCCUCCCAUCUAAAACUAUUAAAACUAAACCAUUACCAGGAGCAGACUAACCAGGGAACGCACCUCCUUAUGUGAUACACGUGCGUAAUGGAUAUGUAGUUACACGUGUUCAUUAUUCACCGAAAUCAUGAUGUCACUCUCUGGCACAAUGUCACCCACCUUACGUAAUCGUUUGGUCAGCCAACUCAAUGCGAUGUGAGCGUUGGCGAUCGGGUUGAGUGCUCGCUAACAGCACUCUCCCCAAAAGUAUGUGAAGGCUACGUACGGUGCGAAAGAAGUUCAACACACAUCACAUGCCACUAUUAUAUUCUUAAGUUAAUGUUUGUUCUUUGUCCUUCGAUCCAUCCAUGAAUAGUGAUUCACAUAUUGACCACCACUGCUGUUAACAUUUUCAAAGCAUAUUCUUUGGGUCUUUCUGUAAAGUCAAGUAGAUAGGUUCAAAGAAAAUAACAAAAAACUACGACGUUUCGAUCGCAACAAAAACGAUCGCCCCUUUUCCUGGUGACGACCGCUUGUGUUGCGAUCGAAACAUAGUUUUUUGUAUAUUUUCUUUGAACCUAUCUACGUGACUUUACCGAAAGACCCAAAGAAUACGAAUUCCUGCAGUCACGAAAGCUUUAAGUCAAGAUUUUCAAAACGGUUUAUAUUAGCAAAAAUGCUCAUACACACUACUGUAUACAGCAUCCAUAAGAGGUUUUUUUUUGGGUUAGAUCGCGUCAAUAUAAAUGUGUCGUUAAACCCGACACCGCCCGACACAGCCAAUUAUUAUUAAGGUUUGUCACGUAACCAAAACAUGCCAGUUCCUUACGCGUACAGCACAUCGGUUUGUUGGAGAGUAAAUCUACCACAUUUACAAUUCAAGUACGACGUUUCGCCAGUAAUUACAACUAUCAUCAUCAGCGACAGCCAGAUUUGUGACACAUCGCGGUCACUCAAAACUCCACCCUUGCACGCCCUGCCAUCCGUCUAUCUUGUCAAGGUUGCUUCGACUAUGUGAAGCACCUUAAGUGCGAGCUCCCGAUCAAUAUAAAAUAAGACAGCUCGAGUACGAUGAGAAAAUAUAUAUUCACAUUUUAGAAGACGUGUAAGAGAAAUAGAUCGCACUCAUUCAGAAGGAUGCCAUGAAAGAGACGGUAGAGAGAUGUACAGGAGUCAAUUCUCCUAUAAUGCCGCGUGUCUUAUGAACGCGAAUUGGAUAUAACGCGAUAAUUAAGUGAACAUAAAUUAUGUUGCACGAGUAGGAAUAAGCGGUGAUAUGGCUGCCUCGAUGUAGCACCACACCAGGCAGGAUGCUGCUGCUGGAUGCUGCUGGAUGCUUUAGAUGCAUACACAUCUCACGUGGUAUCGCGGACUGUGCUUUACCCUAUAUUAUAUGCUCGCUUGUUUGCCCAUCCUAGGACGGAAGCGGUAAUAUUUACGAAAAGAUUGAGCAGAGUAUAAUUGUAUCUUGUGUAAAUUUAAUGACAGUGAAUCUUGCGCAAAAGUGUGUCAUCAAACACUUUACUGCAUUUCACUGUAGCACUGUAUAUAACUGACCUUCACUUUCUUCAAAUUCACUGCUCUGAUACUUUAUUCUCUUCUGCUUUCGGUCGCUGGGAUUGAAAUAAAUUGGAAAUCGAUACAAUAUCUGCAAAAUCACUGAGAAAUGUCUAUUUUACCAUAACGUAGAAGCAUAAAUUAGACUUACCUGUUGUCUCAAGUGCUGAAGAAAUCAAUAAAGACACCAAAUCCAUUUUGUUGCUGCAUAUAAUUAUUUAUUAGAUUCACUUUCAAUAAAGAAAUCUCAAACUUAAAGCGAAUUUGCAAAAAAUAAUUAUUUCCGCUCGACCUUCUGCGUGAGUGUAAAAAUCCACCCGCUCAUGAAUAUUAAUGACCGGGGGGGGGGAGGUGCGGUAUGUGAAGUAACGUCACGCGCGAGACACACAAACAGACAUUCUUGGCACAUUAGUAAUUAUGUAUCAUAGCGCGAUU